CGGUAAACUGCACGGUGGCUGGGUUCGAAACGUCGCGAGUGUUGUGCUGUGCUGUUUUGACAGAUCUUGUGGAUUAUGGGCGGCGUUGCCAGGUAGCCUCAACUUCAGCUUCAGUCGAUUUUGGGCUCGUGCAAGAUGCUGAAGGAGCGCGAAUCGAUCGAACGCGCCAUCUCCUCGCCGUGCUCCAGCCUUGGAGGUUCUUCGGCCGUAGAUGGGACKACAUGUGCCGGCUGCAGAGGCAGAAUCCAGGACCGUUACUACCUCCUGGCCGUCGACAGACAAUGGCAUGCCUCCUGCUUGAAAUGUUGCGAAUGUAAACUUCCUCUGGAUACGGAGCUGACUUGUUUCGCCCGAGAUGGGAACAUUUACUGCAAGGAAGAUUAUUAUCGGAUGUUCGCGGUGACGCGUUGCGGUCGCUGCCAGGCGGGCAUCUCCGCCAACGAGCUGGUGAUGCGGGCGAGAGACUCCGUCUACCACCUGCACUGCUUCUCGUGCACCUCCUGCGGGAUCCCGCUGUCCAAAGGAGACCACUUUGGGAUGAGAGAUGGGCUUAUUUACUGUCGGCCGCAUUACGAGUUGCUGGAUUUCUGCGAUACGAGCGAUCCGGUGGAGAUGAUGUUCAGAGGGAGCGAGUCACCGCCGGGGUAUUUUGCCAAUGCAACGCCGCAGCAUCAUAAGGGGCGGCCGAGGAAAAGGAAGAUGCCAGUGGAAGAUCGGGGGUGCGGGGAGAUUCCGGUGACGAUGAGGAUGGCGGCGGCGACGUUAGAAAUGCUCCAACAAGGCGACCUUUCGUCGUCCAUGGAGUCGCUUUCGUACGACUCGUCGGUGACGUCYCCCGCGUCCAGCAAUGGACACCAGCCCCAGAGGACCAAACGCAUGCGCACGUCAUUUAAACACCACCAGUUGAGGACCAUGAAGACGUAUUUUGCCAUCAACCAAAACCCAGAUGCGAAGGACUUGAAGCAGUUGGCGCAGAAAACGGGGCUCUCGAAGAGGGUCCUCCAGGUGUGGUUCCAGAACGCGAGGGCGAAAUGGAGGAGGAACAUCAUGAGACAGGAAGGGGGGCAAAACCAGGGACAGAGUCAAGCCAAUGGGCCCUCUUCAGUGGGCUCGGGGAUCAUGGGGGAGAGUAAUAGUUUAUCGCACCAGUCGCUCGACGAUUUGCACCACCAUUUGCACUCGCAGAAUUCGCAGACUUUGACGUUCAGUGAUAUUUAUUAGAAGUAGUGACACUGUAGACACUAGUUAGGUACACACACGCAAUGUUCCUUUAUGAUAGUGAUAAYUGAAUGAUUUUAUCAGUUGUUUUCAGUUGAGGAUUUUGUUAGUGAAUAGAUUGCACGAUGAUUUUUGAGGAUCUUGUAGAUAUGUCGUUGUUUGUACAUAAGAAUAUACGUUAGUGAUAGGUGAGAGUAUUCGAGGAAUAUUUAUAAUUUUGUAUGGUUGUGCGAUGCUGUCAUACAUGUACGGUGUAUGUCUACAAGGAAUAAAUGUA